GAUCUAGAUGUUGGGGGUGUGGUGAGACGACGAAAUAAGAAGAGAGAUCCUAUCAUAAUGACUGAUUACAGAAAGUCACUACCAGCACUAGCAAUGAGUGAUUCCUCUCUUUUACCUCCGUACUCUGUUAAUAGUAGUCUAUCCAGUGAAGAUUUGAGAGCUGAUGCAGAGUCCUUAUCAAGUCAAGGAUCCUUAGACAGACAGCAUUCUGGUGGUCACAGACACGACUAUUCGUACAAUCAAACAAAUUUGAGUGCAUCAAGAUCAAAGAGUGGUUCUACAGAUAUGCUGCCUGACAAACCUAAGAAAGAAAAGUCAGGCUUACUAUCUAGAUUCAAAAGUAGAUCACGAGAACUAUUGGAUGAUAGUCCUAAACACCAAACAGUUUCCCCUCAAACCUCUCAAGUUGUGUCAUUGGAAGAGUUCUUAGAAGAAUCCAGAUACCGUGAAUCAACUGACACAGACUGUGGUCCUGUGUUUGAAGGACCACCAGAUGACACGGGGAGGAUGCCUUCAAAGAACAGUGAUAUGGAUGGGCAAAAUGACUUAUCCAGGGAUAGAUCACCAACUCAACAAUCUCAUUUAACAUCAUCAUUCAAGUCUGAUACUUCACAACAAUCUGAAUUCGUAGUAAAUAUAAGCGGUGCUAAUUACACAUCCACUCCAACAUCAUCCAGAUCAGAAUAUCCUGCUGGCAGAUCUGACAGUUUAAGAUCUUUAAAACGUAUGGCACCACCACCACCACCACCUCCUUCAAAUCAACAAAGGUCUACUGGACCAUCACCAGCUGGGAGAUCCAGACAGCCAAUUGGAGGAAAUAUUCCAAUUAUGAAAGAUAACUCACCAAGGGACUACAGUGCACCAACUAAUAGGACUACUUACGAUAGGCCUAAGAACUUGGCUGGUGAUGUGGGCAGAUACAGAAAUGGUACUGACUCUCCUAAUGACAUGUAUUCUAGUACUCAGUCACCAACGGGCAGUACAAGGGACCGCAGACAAGCACCCACCACUGCACCAAUGGCAACACCAUCACCACAGAAUAGCAACAUAGCAAGACCACGACCACGACCCCCCAAUCGUCCAAAUGAUGAACAACCUUCUCCAGGAGGUGCCGCUCCAGCUGGUGGCAGUGGUGCAGCUGGUCCCAGGGAGGGCAUGACAAAAGAACAGUCAGUAUGGUAUGAGUAUGGAUGUGUUUAAAUGAGUGAUAUGCAACAGUGUGGCAAUUUUUUUGUAUAUAUUCGCUAUAUGUAUUCAACAAUACUUUAUAUGUUGCUGCUGAGAAUUGUAAAAGUACAAUGUAUUUAUAUAUUAGAUUCAAGAAUUGAAUUAUGACUAUGUAUUAAAAUGUGACAUGCACUGUGUAUUUUGUGCAUUUCUCAUCAAGUAUGAUUAUGUCUUCUGGCAUGUCUAUUGCUCAUACAUGUAGUACAUGUAUGCGUGUCUGUCUGUGUGUGUGAGUGUGUGCGUUGUCUGCCACUCAUAGUACAUUUUGGACUGUGAUUCAUUCUUAUUUGUGCAUCAUGUAGUUUUGAAACACUUGCAUGUGUUGAAAGAGAUUUGUUUAACAUUUGAAACAUGUACAUCAUAACUAUACAACCGUACUUUAUUGACUAUUAAUGUAUACAUUGUUAUCAUAUUAAUUACUCAAACUUCAUGUCUCACCAGAAGGUUCUCACACAAGUAGUAGCGUUAUUAAUCCCUGUAUGCAUGUCUACCAAGUCAGCAGGCCCACAUCAAUUAAAGCUUGUCUCUAUUAAUAUUUCAUAUUUAACGUUUGUAACAUCAUUUUUCAUCAGAUAUGAGAGGAAAGAACCCAAUAUUGGCAUCUGUCAUCCAAAUGAAUAGCAUAUACAUGCUAAAUUUUUACUUUAAGUUUUUGGUAGCCAAGUGCAUGUUCAAAGUGUGGAAUUAAUAUUUGGUGUGAUUUAGACAUGAAUGGUACUUAUCAAUGCUCUCAUUCUGUUUCUUUAUUUCACAUACUGUCGACGUUGUUUCAAUUAUGUGGCAUUUUCAUUCAAUUUACAUGACAACUAGUUAUAUGGGAUUAUAUACUCGGUAGUACCAACUGGAAAAUACACCUAAGAUACAUUGUUUUUUCCUACUCCACUUUCAUGGUAACUGCCAUUCAUCUUAUCUAUCACCACCACCACACCUUCAUGUUAUUUUCAUAUUUUGACUCCUCUAUCAUUUUCUACAUUCAGCUGACAGGUGACAGCGUCCCUGGGACAACAUCAUUUGCUGAUUGGCAGGGUUCUGCUCUACUUGUGUGACAUUUUCUUUGGUAGAAGCUGUUUAUUUGCAAGACAAAAUGUCCUGAACUUUUACUUUCCAUUGCAUAUUUUUUAUUUUGUAUUUUAACCUGUUUGGUUGUCAUGUGAACAGCUCUUGUAUUUAAAUAACAUUUUCAUAUUUAACACUUUCACAGUUCCAAUCAUGUCAGAACUAUGGAAAUGAAAUCAGUGUGUAGACUAAGAUAAAAUACGGAUAUUUAAUUCAAGGCCGAGGCCAAGGCCAAGUCCAUAGAUAAAAAUAUGCAAUUUAUUUUAACAGUUAUAUAAAUAUGUACAAUCGUCAUUUGGUGGUCUUUUUUUUUUAAACAGAAGCUGCCCAUGAAAUAAAGUUUUGAGAGGCAAUUAUGUAGCUAUAAGA